ACUGGAAGGGAGGAGGGGAGAGGCUCCGGGCUGUGCCACGGUGUGUGGGUUUCUUUACACUCCCUGGCAGGCUGGGUGCGGGCUCCCUCUCCAGCCCGCUCGCCUUGGAAAGUGGGUUACGGAGGGAAGGAGCUCAGCGCAGACACUGGCAAAAGAGCAUCCAGCCCCAGGCGGACCAGAGGAGAGCAUUUUCCUUUUGCAGGCUUCCCAUCACCUUUUCUGGAGGGUUUUAUGUCUGUACUCUCCUCCGCUGUAAACGGUGUUCCUCUGACUCCCCUCGCCCCCAUGCUUGGGUUCUGUGCGGGCCCUGUUAAGUCUUAGAGGGAAAAGAGACUGAGCGAGGGGGAGAGAGGCGAAGUGGGAAGGACCGCACAGUGGCGAGCGCCUCCGCCGCGUGCUGAUGCCAACCCUCCGUGUGUGAAUCUCCCCGGCGGGAGCCGCGCGCGCACCGGCCAGAGCACGGCGGACCUGCACCUCGGCGUGGCCACCAUGGUCGCCAGAGCUCAGCCCGAUCGGAAACAGUUGCCGCUGGUCCUACUGAGAUUGCUCUGCCUUCUUCCCACAGGACUGCCUGUUCGCAGCGUGGACUUUAACCGAGGCACGGAUAACAUCACCGUGAGGCAGGGGGACACGGCCAUCCUCAGGUGCGUCGUAGAAGACAAGAACUCAAAGGUAGCCUGGUUGAACCGUUCUGGCAUCAUUUUUGCUGGGCAUGACAAGUGGUCUCUGGACCCCCGGGUUGAGCUGGAGAAACGCCAUUCUCUGGAAUACAGCCUCCGAAUCCAGAAGGUGGAUGUCUAUGAUGAAGGUUCCUACACUUGCUCGGUUCAGACACAGCAUGAACCCAAGACCUCUCAAGUUUACUUGAUUGUGCAAGUUCCACCAAAGAUCUCUAACAUCUCGUCGGAUGUCACUGUGAAUGAGGGCAGCAAUGUGACCUUGGUCUGCAUGGCCAAUGGCCGUCCUGAACCUGUUAUCACCUGGAGACACCUUACACCAACUGGAAGAGAAUUUGAAGGAGAAGAAGAAUAUCUGGAGAUCCUCGGCAUCACCAGGGAGCAGUCUGGCAAAUACGAGUGUAAAGCUGCCAAUGAGGUCUCCUCGGCGGAUGUCAAACAAGUCAAGGUCACUGUGAACUAUCCUCCCACUAUCACAGAAUCCAAGAGCAACGAAGCCACCACAGGGCGAAAAGCUUCACUAAAAUGUGAGGCCUCAGCAGUGCCUGCUCCUGACUUUGAGUGGUACCGGGAUGACACCAGGAUAAAUAGUGCCAAUGGCCUUGAGAUUAAGAGCACGGAGGGCCAGUCCUCCCUGACAGUGACCAACGUCACCGAGGAGCAUUAUGGAAACUAUACCUGUGUGGCUGCCAACAACCUGGGUGUCACCAACGCCAGCCUAGUCCUUUUCAAGCGUGUUUUACCCACAAUCCCCCACCCCAUUCAAGAAAUUGGCACCACCGUGCACUUCAAGCAAAAAGGACCUGGGUCGGUGAGAGGAAUAAAUGGAUCCAUCAGUCUGGCCGUACCACUGUGGCUGCUGGCAGCAUCUCUACUCUGCCUUCUCAGCAAAUGUUAAUAGAAUAAAAAUUUAAAAAUAAUUUUAAAAAACACACAAAAAUGCGUCACACAGGAUACAGAGAGAGAGCCAGCAAGAUGGGGGGAGACCGUUUAUUUCACAACUUUGUGUGUUUAUAAAUGAAGGGGAAACUAAGAAAACGAAGAAGCAAAUACAACAUUUAAAACAAUUCUGAAGUCCAUCAAUUCAAAUCUGAGUAUAAUUCAGGGCGGGAAAAGUUCUGCCAGGAUACAUGUCUAUCUAAGCAAACGUAUGCUGUCUAAAGACUCCAUCAUGCUAAGAAUGUCCAGAUGUUGUAAAAAUAAGACAAGUGAAGAAGUCCAAGAUGGAUAUUAACCCACACACACACUUUAUCCUUCCUUCAUCCUUUUCAUCUGUGGGGGAAGAAAAAAAUAAGGUCUUGCCUUUGGCGUUUCUAUUUCCAUCAUCUCUUUAUUCUGUUGUUCAUUUGAGCUGACUCAUAGCCAUUUCAGACUCUUGGUGGAAUCCACGCUGGAGUCCUGUGUUGAGCCUUUAUCUGGCUUCCCUGCCUCCAUGAUCUCUCUAGCUUUUAAGGCCAUCUCCAAGGCCUCCAGUGUGUUCUAUCUCCCUCACAUCCAUCCCAGAUACUCCCUUUUUAUCCUUACCACCUAUCCCAACCUCCAUCGCUUUUCACUCCCACCACCCCUGCCACCCCUGAGCACUAGCCAUGCCACAAACGCUAGGAAGUGCCAUUUUAAUUUUCUCCACUGUGCACGCGUGCUCAAGUCUCGCUCUCACGUGGGUAUACAUGUGUGUGAGUGUGUGUGUCUCUCUCUAAAGCAUGCCAAGGAAAUGGUCCAUGUGUACAUAGAUUCAUUGUGCUAUAGAUACUGUCCCCCAUUGUAAUUGUGAGAUGCGGCCGUGACAAGUUGCUGGGGGACAUGGUGGGGAAGGAGGCAAGGAGCAGUCCUUCCCCCUGUCCAUGGUCGUCACAUGACAUCAGUGUGUAUUCAAACCACUGUGCCCCUCCUAAGGGCAGAACCUCAUAUUUCUCCUAGUCCAAUCAUCAGAACCCAGUCAAGAGUCACUCAGAAUAUCACUGUAAAUGAAAGUGCCUACUACUGAUAGGGUGAGCAUAAAGCAGAAAAGAUCAGUGACGGGACGCAGUGACCUAGGAGAAGUUUCUGAUUUCACUCUUAUUUUAUGGGUCUGUAUUUCCUGGCUUUGUGCAGGCUUGUCCCUGCUCUGCUGUAGGAGUGAGUAGCAUGUGUUGAGUAAAUCCUCAGAAACAGGAAGAUCUCCAAGGGUUAACCUCAAUGACAGGAUGGGAGCCACCUGGAGAUCCUACGCAGCCCUGUUUUGCCCCUCCCUAAUCUUCACGUAACACUGUAUUUGCCCCAUGGAUUCCCCUGAGCAGAGAUUGCUUCCUGUUUCAGAUAAAAUACAGAGAGUGAACAAAGCAGGGAAAGUAGACAGAUGCCCAGGUCCCUACUCAAAAGGUAAAGAUACUGUCAGAGCUCUAAUACAAAGCAUUGACCACAACAAUAAGGUAUCUGCUCCUCAUGCUCCUUUGCAGAUUUUUGCCCUGGUGUUCUAGGCUAAGACUUCAUUUGGUUGGCUGCAUUAUUUCCCUUCUGUCCUACUGAUGGUGUUUACAGCACCACUGUUCAUAGUACCCCAUCAUUAUCCUAGACUCGGCCUUGAGGAAUGGUAUUAUGUUCCCCCUUCCCGGCUCACUUCUGGCUUCUAGUCUCCUGAAAAAGAUACCAUGGUGUUCAAAGUCUACAAAUACAAGAGUCAUCUUGCCAUUAACACUGAAACGUAAGUUAGUCCCUUAACCAAAACAGCUGGGAAACUUGUUAUAAUUUAGGCAGGAAUUGUAGGCAUACCCCAAAGCUUGGCAUCGCCACAACACCAAAAGGAUCUUCUUAGGCUUUGCAGAGAGAGCUGGCUUUCUGUGUGUAGGUGUCUUUGUCAGGAAACCAACCAUUAUCAUCACUUAGACUGUAGGAGGCAUUGGAAGUGGCUCAGUGUGUGAAAAGAUGGAGGAUUAUUAUUGAGGUCAUAAUCGAGUGUCUUUCAGUAGAGCCGAAUAUGGUACCUCACCAAAUUUUGGAAUCAGGAAAAUAGCCGUCAUGUGAUAUCAAAAAGAAAACUUCAUAACUGCAAAUCAAAAGAGGAAGACAGGAAUGGAGGGAGGGAGAGAAGGAAUAGAAAGAAAGGGAGAGAGAAAGAAGAAAGAAGGAAGGAAGGAAGAAAAGGGAAUGAAGAUCUGAAAUUUCUCUUGAUGUUAUUAAUUGAAGGCUCUUGGCAAUGAGUCUUGCCUCUGAAGGUAGUAAUCUUGAGCAGCAUUUUUAACCUCUUCUAAGGGAUUGUAUUUGUUUUAGAAGCUUGUCACUAGCCUUCUUUUAUGAUUUUGCAGUUUAGACAUAAAAUAGAAGGACAAAUUGGGUUUGGGUAAGAGUAUUUGUGGCAGAUCCUAGCAUAGGACAGAAAUUGUUAUCCAAGAAGGUAGCUACUAAAAAUAUAGGGAAGGUAAGCUAUAUCCCUAUGUAGCAUCAAUUUUGACAAUCAAGUGUUUCUCUUAACAGUUUGGUCUUCUUAGUACAGGAAUAAAAGUUUAUCAUCCUUGAUGAUAAAUGUUCCCCAUAUAUCAAAGAGCCAACAUCCU